AAAAAUAAUGCCCACACAUUAAUCAUGAGUUGAGGAAGUGAUUUUCUCCGUAGAAUUGUUGCCCAAAUCAUAUGUUUUCCAUUAUCCACUUGGUUGGCAUCGGAAAAUUGGCGACCCGUUGGCCCCAAUUCCGCGAAAUAGCUCCGAUCUUGGGCCCCAAAGGUUAGGCAGCAAAUUUGGGGUAAUGGUAAUGGUAAUGCGAGCACAAUGAGUCCGAUUCCAUAGGGCUGCUACUGCCCAAUGCCCAAUGCCCACCCACCGGCACAGAGCAUGCAUGCAGAUAGCGUCAUUAUGCUCCACUCAAUCAAGCUGUAAGGGAUGGGGGUUCGAGUGCAGCUGGCAGCGGAAAACGCAGACGGUGUCCACUUCAGAGAUGGAACCGAGAGGUGGGCGGAUGCACAGCGAUGGGAACAAGAAUGAAAAGCCUAUUUCCUAAGUGUAAUUAAUUAAUUUCGCUGGCUGGGCCCAACUGCGACCAACUGCAGCCGCAUUCGCCUGCCAUCUGACAUCUGACAUCCAUUCGAAUCAGAUUCAGAUUCAGUUUGUCCAGCGCUCUGCCGUCGCGAACACGCUCCAAAGAGGCCAAUCGGAAGAAUUCGAAAGUUUCUUGAGUUGCGCCACCCACAUUUUCAAACUGGACCACAUUUUCGAGGACUGUCAGCGGCAGCAAUUUCACAAAAUGUCUCACGGCGAGCGGAAAGGCCGCCUCAAUGUGGUCAAGUUUCUGGAGCUGGGUUUUGCGGUAGCGUGUCUAGUGCUCCACUUCUACAGCUUCAACGAUCGCGAUAUAAUGACCUCGUUCCUGGCCACUGGCACCUUCACGGGCUACAUCAUAGUGGUCAUCGGGGUCUUUGCAGGUGUUCUGAUGCGGGCACCCAUACACAAGCGCAUCGAUAUAUUCUUCAGCGUCCUGGGCUGCACCUUGUUCGUGGCCAGCGGGGUGUUCAUCAUAGAGGCCUGGGAGUUCUCCUUCCGGACCCGAACUCGGGAUCUCGCGCUCAUCAAGGCCUCGCUGUCCAUCGUGAAUGGGGUGCUGUUCGGAUUCGAUGCGGUGUUCACAUUUCGCGACAAGUGAAUCGUGUAUCGUUCACUUUCAAACGGAGACCACUGGCCAAGUCCUCUGGAGCUCCUUUAGUAUGCAUUUAAUAGCUUGUAAGGUUAUACAUUUCUUUCCGAUUUAGCUGGCCAUUCCGCCAAUCAUACAAACAACCAACUGUUAACGUUAAUCUUUAUAUUUAAGUGUUUUUUUUUUGUCUCAAUAAAAAGUAAUUCACCAUCGCUCAAUUAGUCAUACAAGAAAGCUAGAGUCAAUACUCCCGACUGUGUGGCAGUCCCGGUACUCAGGUAAUCGUUUAAAAAGCGGGACAUCCGACACAAUACAUUUGCAAUACGGUUUUCUAAAAUAGUCCUCAUAAUUACAGUACAAGUAAUUCAAUUGGAAAUAUAAAAAGGUCUAGAAAAUCAAUUUAAACUUAGGUGGUAAGGUGGCCAGCUUUUCCUGCUUGUUUUCGGGGAAUUCGAUAUCCGAACUCGUAGCUGGAGCUGGUCACAUACCAAAUUCGAUAGCCCUAGCUAAAUUGGAUCGCGAGAUGCAGGUGUUUGCGGAACAUAGAAUUCUGGGGGCCUCGUGCAUCGUCGAGCGCAAAACGAGAGUACCAGGCACAAUGGGACACAAAUGAAGGUGAGCUGGCGGCCCAUUUUGUUGACAUCGUAAUAGUAGUUAGCGUAUAAUUUCUUUUUUUUUUUUAUUGUGUUUUCGUUCUUCUUCUAGCUUUUGGAUUUACUGAUAAACG